AUGGCAUUGACCAUGAGAAUGCCCGAACCAACUCCACGACGAUCACUUGCUGCUCGUCGUCGAACGACUAAACUUCUAACAUUUGACGAAGAUCUGAAUGAAAAAGAAAAUUCACUCAAUGAAAGUCUUGCAGGACGACGACAAUCACGUCUAUUCAACACUUCAAUCAAUGUUGAAGUUGUCAACGAUGAACCAGCUCAAACACCAACGCAGUUAGUUGAUCUAUACCAGAAAACGAUUGAAUUAGCUGCACAAGGCAAAAUCAAUAUUAAAAAUGCCUUUAGCAUCCCACUUGUCGAACGUUUACCACAAGUUUUGAACGUAAUUGCACUCGAUGAUAAAGAUAAUCAUCAUCUAGGACCGAAUUUUGUGAAAGCUGGUUCAGUGAUUGAUACAAGUGCUAAAAUAUACGGUUUUCGUGUGGAUGCUUUACAUACUGAAACACAAAAGUUAAGUGGCAACAUUCUAAAUAAUGAUGAAGAAAAAGCUACAGAGAAAGAAAAUUCAGAAGAGAAUCGAAUUGAGGGUGAUCAUGAAAACAUAGAUCCAGAACAAACUGAAUCGAAAAAAGCAGCACGUCGCGUGAAAGCUAAAGCAACGUCAUUCGUUGCUGCUGAUUUAUCAAAAAUAACUCUUGAACAUGAGUUCGAAUUUCGUCCAUUACAACCACCCAAUAUGUGUCAAUGGCGUGGUGGAAUAGGCAAAGAUUCCAUCUAUGCUGAAAUGGUAUCAAGUACAAUGUAUUCAUCAAGUGAUUAUCCACUUGUUGAUGGUUUUACUGAUGUCAAUCAUCGACCAGAAGAACAACAAAGCAAAAUCAACAGUAUUCUUGAUCAUACAGUGACGAAAACGAUUGAUCUAACAGCAUUACGUGAUGUUAUCAAAACAAAUGAAGUACAUGAUCAUAUUCUGGGUAGUCAAACAUUACGUGAUUUUUCGUUUAAUGAAACUCCUAGCAAUUCCUUUAUUGAUACAAUUCAUGAAAGUUGUCUUGCACAACUCGAUGAGAGUAACGACAAAUCAUAUUCAAACAAUGACGAUGCAGAUAAUGAUGACGCUUACAAUCAUGAUGAAUUAGUUCAUGCUGCUAUCGAAGAUCUCAAUGAUGAUCCAUCACAUUCCAAUGAAAUAUUUAAAAAUGCUCUAAAUGAAUUAAGCAAUCCAGAUCCAUCAAGUAUGAUGUCCAAUCUGGGAAAUUACCAAUCGCAACAGUCGGUUGAAUUGAGCCUUCCGGCUGCUGAUGAAAUUCUCUCCGCUUCAUUCAUGAGCACAGUUUCGUUUGUUGACCAAAUGCCACACUUACUCCAUAGCAAAGAAGUUCAAUCUGAAUAUUCGUAUUUCGAUGCAGCUAAGUUAAGAUUGUUUGCUGGGCCAAAUAUAUGGAAAUACACGAAUUUACUCCAUGCAACAGCAAAACCCUCAGCAGCCAAUGCUUCAACCAUUCAACAACAACAAGCACCUGCAUCUCGUCAUAGACUUCAUAGCGAGGGAGUUAAUAAUGGAAUCAUUGGUCCUAAACGAAGUGUUCGUGUUGAUAUAUUUAAUCCUAUGUCCCUCGAUCAAAUUAUGUUGGGUGCGAUCAGUGGACGAGACAAGAAAGCCAUUGGGAUAUCUCAAAGUGCACUGGUAUUACGAUUGAGAGAAAAAAGUCUUAAUCAAAUGCAGUUAGCCAGAAAAUUACGUCCUUUAACUGAUUUGACAAAUUCGCACAAUUUUCCACAAUUAAACUUCGAACAAUUACAUUUAAUCAAUCGACGUCGCGAACAAUCACAAGAUCAUUUCCAACAACACUACCAACAGGAUGAUUACGAUGAUCAUGAUUUUCCUGUUGCAGUCGAGCAUCAUGAUGCUGAUGAAGAUGCUCCACUAGCAGAAAUGCACUGCGAUUUUUCUCGUCCUGUACAUUAUGAAAAAAUUGAAUUUGCCAAAGGUUCAACAUCGGUUAAUGCUAAAAUUUUGAAACGUCAAAUGAUCGAAGAAUUCACACGACAAAAGAUCGAACAUCAACGUACUUUGUCACUUGAUUCGAGCACUGCUAGUCAACAAUCAUCAUUUCUCAAUACUACUCAAACUGCAAUUGAAUUUUCCAUUCUAUGCGAAAAUCUUGCUGAUCAUGGUCAUUUAUCGGUUCAAACCGAUUUAGCGUCAGCAUUCUAUUAAAUGGCAUUGACCAUGAGAAUGCCCGAACCAACUCCACGACGAUCACUUGCUGCUCGUCGUCGAACGACUAAACUUCUAACGUUUGACGAAGAUCUGAAUGAAAAAGAAAAUUCACUCAAUGAAAGUCUUGCAGGACGACGACAAUCACGUCUAUUCAACACUUCAAUCAAUGUUGAAGUUGUCAACGAUGAACCAGCUCAAACACCAACGCAGUUAGUUGAUCUAUACCAGAAAACGAUUGAAUUAGCUGCACAAGGCAAAAUCAAUAUUAAAAAUGCCUUUAGCAUCCCACUUGUCGAACGUUUACCACAAGUUUUGAACGUAAUUGCACUCGAUGAUAAAGAUAAUCAUCAUCUAGGACCGAAUUUUGUGAAAGCUGGUUCAGUGAUUGAUACAAGUGCUAAAAUAUACGGUUUUCGUGUGGAUGCUUUACAUACUGAAACACAAAAGUUAAGUGGCAACAUUCUAAAUAAUGACGAAGAAAAAGCUGCAGAGAAAGAAACUUCAGAAGAGAAUCGAAUUGAGGGUGAUCAUGAAAACAUUGAUCCAGAACAAAUUGAAUCGAAAAAAGCAGCACGUCGCGUGAAAGCUAAAGCAACGUCAUUCGUUGCUGCUGAUUUAUCAAAAAUAACUCUUGAACAUGAAUUCGAAUUUCGUCCAUUACAACCACCCAAUAUGUGUCAAUGGCGUGGUGGAAUAGGCAAAGAUUCCAUCUAUGCUGAAAUGGUAUCAAGUACAAUGUAUUCAUCAAGUGAUUAUCCACUUGUUGAUGGUUUUACUGAUGUCAAUCAUCGACCAGAAGAACAACACAGCAAGAUCAACAGUAUUCUUGAUCAUACAGUGACGAAAACGAUUGAUUUAACAGCAUUACGUGAUGUUAUCAAAACAAAUGAAUUACAUGAUCAUAUUCUCGGUAGUCAAACAUUACGUGAGUUUUCGUUUAAUGAAACUCCUAGCAAUUCCUUUAUUGAUACAAUUCAUGAAAGUUGUCUUGCACAACUUGACGAGAGUAACGACAAAUCAUAUUCAAACAAUGACGAUGCAGAUAAUGAUGACGCUUACAAUCAUGAUGAAUUAGUUCAUGCUGCUAUUGAAGAUCUCAAUGAUGAUCCAUCGCAUUCCAAUGAAAUAUUUAAAAAUGCUCUAAAUGAAUUAAGCAAUCCAGAUCCAUCAAGUAUGAUGUCCAAUCUGGGAAAUUACCAAUCACAACAGUCGGUUGAAUUGAGCCUUCCGGCUGCUGAGGAAAUUCUCUCCGCUUCAUUCAUGAGUACAGUUUCGUUUGUUGACCAAAUGCCACACUUACUCCAUGCCAAAGAAGUUCAAUCUGAAUACUCGUAUUUCGAUGCAGCUAAGUUAAGAUUGUUUGCUGGGCCAAAUAUAUGGAAAUACACAAAUUUACUCCAUGCAACAGCAAAACCCUCAGCAGCCAAUGCUUCAACCAUUCAACAACAACAAGCACCUGCAUCUCGUCAUAGACUUCAUAGUGAGGGAGUUAAUAAUGGAAUCGUUGGUCCUAAACGAAGUGUUCGUGUUGAUAUAUUUAAUCCUAUGUCCCUCGAUCAAAUUAUGUUGGGUGCGAGCAGUGGACGAGACAAGAAAGCUAUUGGGAUAUCUCAAAGUGCGCUGGUAUUACGACUGAGAGAAAAAAGUCUUAAUCAAAUGCAAUUAGCAAGAAAAUUACGUCCUCUAACUGAUUUGACAAAUUCGCACAAUUUUCCACAAUUAAACUUUGAACAAUUACAUUUGAUCAAUCAACGUCGAGAACAAUUACAAGAUCAUUUCCAACAGCACUAUCAACAAGAUGAUUGCGAUGAUCAUGAUUUUCCUGCUGCAAUCGAACAUCAUGAUGCUGAUGAAGACGCUCCACUAGCAGAAAUGCACUGCGAUUUUUCUCGUCCUGUACAUUAUGAAAAAAUUGAAUUUGCCAAAGGUUCAACAUCGGUUAACGCUAAAAUUUUAAAACGUCAAAUGAUCGAAGAAUUCACACGACAAAAGGUCGAACAUCAACGUACUUUAUCACUUGAUUCGAGCACUGCUAGUCAACAAUUAUCGUUUCUCAAUACUACUCAAACUGCAAUUGAAUUUUCCAUUCUAUGCGAAAAUCUUGCUGAUCAUGGUCAUUUAUCGGUUCAAACCGAUUUAGCGUCAGCAUUCUAUUGUAUGCUAAUCAACUGUAAUGAAAAUAAGUUAUACAUGAAGAGUAAUUCAAAACGGGAUGACUUAUUUAUCCAAGAAUGUCCAUUUGCAGAUAAACGUGAUCUUUCCACAUUAUCUUAUUCUUAUUCCAGUCAUUCAAAUCUUUCUACAAAUUCAUCAAUGGUCCAUUAG